CCGUGUUUGCUGGUCUCGCGCGGACGCACACUGGAAAACAACGUCUGACGUCACCAUGAGCGCCUCGCGAGUGUUGACGUCGUCGACUAGUUAUGUUGUUAGGUGAUAUUUCAGAAAAAAAUACACGCAGGCGCGCACGCAAAACGAAUUAGCUGUUUAUCCCGCGCCGGCAUGACGUCCUCAGCGGGGCUGCCGCUGCUCGCAGCCGACCGAGCAGCCUCGCGCCCCGCGGGCAGGCCGCCGCCCGCGCCUCCUCGCCCGCAUCAGGCCGCGCCGGCCGCCGGCGUCAUGGUCGAGUCCGUAGAUGACGCGGAGGGUCUUUUUGUGGCGGUGGAGCGGUGCCCGCUGUGCAGCACGUCGCGCCGGAGGCUGACGUGUGCCCGUUGCGUGCGGGCCGGAGACUUCGUGUACUUGGACGGCAGAAACGCGGAGAGGUGCGCGGACAAGAUGGCAAGGCUCAAGACUCUGAAAGAGGAGAAGGAACAACUGCAGCACAGGGUAAUCCGCGCCAUGCACAGGAAGCUGCGGACCGACGAGAUGAAGUGGAAAAUCAUGUGGUGCCACGUGAAGAUGGAGCAGAUAAACCAGGCGCUGACCUGCGCGCACCAAGAAGUCAAGAGCGACAAGGAGCUGCUGCUGCACUCCCAGGACGAACGCCAGCGCCUCCAGCGCCGCGCCAACCGCCACCGGCAGAAGCAAGAGAAGAUCGAGCGGCACAACCGCCGUCUGGGCGAGCUGCUGGAGCGACGCGAGCAGGAGCUGCGCGGGCGACUGGCGCAGCUGGCGGCCACGCGGCGCGAUCACGUUGCCGAGUUGAUGGCGCACAUCUUCCCCACGCGGGAAGAGAAGAGCUGCAGCAGAGACCCCGCCGAUGUGGUCUCCGAGUGCGACGCGACGCUGACGUCCAGCACGGUGAGCGAGCUGGCGGAGGCGCGCCGGACCACCUACCUGUCGGGCCGCUGGAUUUGGGACGACCAGAACGGGGAGACCAGCGUCAGCAUCACGGGGCCCGCCGUCACCCUGCCCAGCAACGGAGACUGCUCGGCCUACUACAGCUGGGCGGACGAGAAGAGCAGCAAGCACGGCCCGGAACUGGACCACAUCAACCCGGCCCACACCAUCAGCGCCGCUCUGUGCUACGCCACGCAGCUGCUCACCGUCUUGUCGCACAUCCUGGAUGUCGGCCUCCCCAAGAAGCUGUGCAACAGUGAGUUCUGCGGCGACAGCCUGAGUCGCUUCCGCUUCACGCGCGCGCUCAGCAAGCUCAACGCCAACACGCUGCACCUGUGCUUCUCACAGCACGUGGACUGCGACAAGCUCCACCCGCACCACACGCUGCGCAACAUCAUGUUCCUGGUCUCGGCCGCCAACCCCAACCUGGGCAGGACGGGUCCGUUCGAGGUGAGCGCCGACCUGGAGGAGUCGAUGGAGUUCGUGGAGCCCGAGGCCUCGGGAGCCGCCGAGGAGAGCGGCGACGAGGCGGUCACCGACGACGAGACCGACCUCGGCACCGACUGGGAGACCGUCCCCAGUCCGCGAUUCUGCGACAUCCCCUCGCAGCCGAUGGAUCUCUCCCAGAGCGCGCUGCAGGUGUCCCAGCCGUCCGUCAUCACGGGAGGGAUGAUCUCAUCCGCGGCGGCCUCCGUCACGUCCUGGUUCCGAGCGUACACGGGUCAGCGCUGAGCUUGCCACUUGGACGAGGGGGGCAACGCCGCACGGGGGGCGCCACCUCCUGCUUCCCCCCAACACACCCCCCACCCUUUUUGUGUGUGUGUGUGUGUGUGUGUGUGUGUGUGUGUGAGAGAGGACACUGGUUACCACGGCGACAACGGACACUGUUUACAUAGCUCUUCUGAUUGACACUCGCCUUUUUACCCAAAUCGCAAUCUGACAAACGGUGGGUGGGACACACUGACACCUCCUCGGCCCUUUUCUACUGGACGGGUUCGACCCCGAAACAGCCUGCUUUGCCGCGACACUUUUUCGAGACCGUGCGGGUGCCAAUCCUUGUGGUUGCCACCUGCUUUCUUUUUUUUUUUUUUUUUUUUUUUUUUUAUUAUAAGAACCGUUUCCAACCUGCUACUCAAACGCAGGCCGAAGCGGGGGCCCGUGGUGUCACUGUCAUCCGGUGGGGCGACAGCUGUGGCCAUUUCUUUGAGUGAUGCGGCAAAGGACUCCUCCGCACUUUCCUUUCAAAUGUGCUCGUAUGGGGAGGGCCCAAGACGCUUCGUGUCAAAAAGCUUCACGUCACCUCAUGGCCGAAAAAUACUACGGCCAAUCUUCACGACGAUUUAAGCGGAUGUUGCUCAUGAUGUUGUUUGUUAUUUUCCUCAAAAAUUUGAAGUGAAAAUACUCAAAAGUUGAGAUUACGGGAUAGGUGAGUAUCGAUAACAAGUAGAGGUAUCGGGUCUUACUGGAGGCCGCCGAUACCGCCUUCCAAUUUAAGGCAAGAAAAA